UAAUUUUCUGGCUCCUAAAACCCUACCUUCCUUAGAACCUUCUCGGCCUCGAUCUUUUCUUAAACCUUGACCUCCCCGGCGAUCGAGAACUGCGUUUCACGAGCUCCGGAAGAUGAAUUUCAACAAAGUUCCGAAUGUUCCUGGAUCUCCUGCCCUGUCUGCGUUACUUAAGGUCAGCGUCAUCGGUGGGCUUGGUGUCUAUGGAAUUGCCAACAGUCUCUACAAUGUUGAAGGAGGGCAUCGUGCUAUCAUGUUUAACCGGUUAACUGGUAUUAAGGAUAAGGUCUAUCCUGAGGGCACACAUUUUAUGGUGCCAUGGUUUGAGAGGCCAGUUAUCUAUGAUGUUCGAGCACGACCCAAUCUUGUGGAGAGUGUCACUGGUAGUCAUGACCUUCAGAUGGUGAAUAUUGGGCUCCGUGUUCUCACACGUCCCAUGGGUGACCGCUUGCCUGAGAUUUACAGAACACUUGGUGAGAAAUACAACGAAAGGGUUCUUCCUUCCAUCAUCCACGAAACCUUGAAAGCCGUGGUGGCUCAAUACAACGCCAGCCAGCUCAUUACACAGAGAGAAGUUGUGAGUAAGGAGAUACGCAAGAUUUUGACCGAGCGGGCAGCCAACUUCAACAUCGCUCUGGACGAUGUCUCCAUCACAAGCCUAACCUUUGGCAGAGAAUUCACUGAAGCAAUCGAGGCAAAACAGGUGGCCGCUCAGGAAGCUGAACGUGCUAAGUUCGUUGUUGAGAAAGCAGAACAAGACAAGAGAAGUGCUGUCAUCCGUGCAGAGGGGGAAGCCAAGAGUGCUCAACUCAUCGGCCAAGCGAUCGCGAAUAACCCGGCCUUCAUCACUCUGAGGAAGAUCGAAGCAGCGAGAGAGAUCGCUCAGACAAUAGCGAAAUCGGCCAACAAGGUUUACUUGAACUCCAGCGACCUGUUGCUCAACGUCCAAGGAAUGAACUUGGAGGCCAAACCCAAGUAGUAUAUUCAUCUCUGGUAGUCAAGUCGGGUUUCUCAAAUGACCAUUUCACCCUUCUCCUACAGACUCUAGUGAUCGUAUCACAUGGCCCCCAUAUAUAAAACUGGAAUGAUUGGACUUGUUCCACUUCCACCAUUUCUCUAGAGACUGAUCU